AUGUCAGUUUAUGAGAAUGGUAGCAGUUUCUUUCUCUUGCAAACCGAAAACUUUGAGCCACUUUUGAAGCUAAUUGAUAGUUUAAAUCACAAGAUAGCUGAGAACCAAGAUAUUAUAGAUAGAUUAACGAAAGUGAUUGAUCAUAAAUUUGAUUACCCAGAUAUAGACAAAAGAAUAGAAGAAAUAAAGACACCAGCAGCAGAACAUGAAGACAUACUAAGCUUGUUCUUACAGGAGAAAUAUAAAUUAGAUCAAAUAAGGAUACCUUCUGACGUUGGUCGGAGUGAGGUACCCAGAGUAGCACAACUUAGGAAAGACAUCGCAAGGCUAAAGAUACUUCGCGAUUCCAACUCAGCUAAGAACCAGCAGUUGUUUCAAAUAAUACAAGAUUAUGAGAUGUUUAUAGUUAGCGACGUCUUACCUAAGAUGCGUGAAGAUAUAGAGAGAUAUAGAGCCCAGCUGUUUCUGGACAUCAAGUUGAGGCAAUUGGACGAGAAGACAUCGGCUGAGAGUAAACUAUGGAGUAACUAUACAUUGUAUGUAGAGCAGUUAAAUAGGUUGAUUAUCGCUUGUGAAAAAUUGAGUAAUUUAAUGGAAGAAGAAAUUGAUGGCGAAGAGAUUAGAAUCCUUGAGCAAAAGUUAAGAGUAAUACAUCAAAUCAGAAGUUACUUAACUGAGGGAAGAGUAUAG